GAGCACCAUUUUUGUGAUGGUGAGAAGAUACCUCAAAUGUUCCUCAUGGCAGGAGUUCCUGAUUGGGCAGGUUUGCAGGAGCUUUGCUUGUUUGUAAUUAAAAACAGUGGGUGGAAUGGUUUGAACUUUCUUCAUCCAAACACAUGGUCAGAUAUGUAUCCAGGUUCCUGUCAAACGGAUACAAUACUGUUUUUGGAGAAGGAAUGCAUUGUUUGGGUACUCGUACUGGCCUGCCAUGGAUGUUGCAUUGAUCUGGGAAAGAAACUGUGCAGGUUUCUGAUUUCUGGAGAAUUUGUUCUUAGAGAGUUCACUUGGACAAAUCAUGGCCUCAAUUGCAGAGACUUGGAUCAAACUUGUCCGUAAUAUCACUCCUCGGAUAGUUUAACGGUACAAGAGUUUGAUUCUUUUUGACAUCUGAAGAGCCCGAUUCUUUACCAUGUUCCUUUACUGGAAGAAACGAGGGGCCUAUGAGCUGGAGACACUUCCAUCCUCAAUGUUGGGGGCAGAACGCUACUCCUGGUCCUCCUCCCUGGAUGUCAUUCAGGAUCUAUAUGAUGAGAAGUCCGCACAGGAGGAGGAGUAUGUGGAGUGUCAGCAUCCAGACUGCACUGAGCGCCGUCGGGCCUCCAAGGUGUGCCAUCAUCCUGACUGUCAGGAUCUGAACAAUAAGAGUCCUCUUCACCUGUGCGAGUCAUGCGACUCCCGCUGCCACUCUGACGAGACUGACAGCAUGCACUUUGACCGUCACCCUCGCUUUGACCUGCAGCCACAGAGUUCCAUCCUGGCCCGGAAUGUAUCUACUCGCUCCUGCCCCCCACGCACCAGCCCUCCUUCUGACCUGGACGAGGAGGAGGAGGGCAGCACAGAGAAAGGGGAGCGUAAGGUAGGACCGAUGAAGAUAAGGAAGAAGCCCCGGAGACGUUACACUGAUGACCCUACCAAGGAGUGCUUCACUCUUAAGUUCGACCUGAACGUUGACGUCAACACCGAGAUCGUUCCUGCCGUGAAAAAGAAGACGCUGAGAGAGGUGCUGGGACCUGUGUUUGAGCGUAAGGGGAUCGAGCUGUCUCGAGUUGACUUGUUCCUGGACCAGUCUAACACUCCCCUGUUACUCAGCUUUGAAGCCUACCCUUUCGGAGGACACUAUAUUAAAGUUAAAGCUCGUCCUGGUGAUGAACUGAAGGUGGAGAAGGAAGUAAAGGAGUCUGCCACGCUGCCCAAUAUGAAGAUUUCAGUUGGGGGAAGUCCCUACAUCCUCAACCCUUCCCAAGACAAGGCUGAACAUGGCUCACCUGCCCACCAAGAGAGUGUGGACCUACUGGGUCAGGUUCAAUCACGUCGGCGGAAGAACAUGACCGAAUUCCUGGGUGAUGCCAACAUCCCAUCUCCAGACUCCUUGGCUCAGCUCGGCGGUUCUCUUCCGACCAUGGCCCUUUCUAGUUACGAUAAACACAAGAACCGCAGUGCUAGUCGCUUUAGCGGUUUCUUCUUCCCCUCUUACAAGGAGGCGGACCGUGUGGAGCAGCUCAACAGUAGAUUACAGGUGUACACGUGUCAUGGCUUGCCUAAGAUGCAUCCACAGCUCUCGUUCCACCAUGACUCCUGGGAAGAGGAAGAAGUGGAGCUUGACCUGACACUAGAGGACAGCUGGCAACAGCUGCUGGAGAACCCAGAGACUCUGAGCAAGCGGCAGUUCCAUCAGCAAGAAGCGAUAUGGGAACUCUUGCACACUGAAGCCACCUACAUCAAGAAGCUGAAGGUCAUCACUGACCUUUUCCUGUGUGGCCUGCUAAACCUGCAGGACCAUGGCCUUCUUAAUGAAGUGGAACCAGCCAAGCUGUUCAAUAACAUCCAAGACCUGGUGCGAGUACACACAGCACUGUGGAGUCAGGUCAUGGUACCAGCACUGGAAAAAGCUCGCCAAGACCGGAGUAUGCUCGAUCCGACCGAUCUGCUCCAGGGCUUCCAAACUUUUGCGUCCAGGUUCCAGCCAUACCUGCGCUACUGCAUGGAGGAGGAGAGCUGUAUGGAGUACAUGCGCGCUCAGCUGAGAGACAAUGAGCUCUUCAGGACCUACAUCACAUGGGCUGAGGGAAACAAGCAGUGCAAUCGGUUGAAACUGGCCGACAUGCUGGUGAAGCCACACCAGAGACUCACCAAAUACCCCCUGCUGCUCAAAACCAUCCUGAAGAAAACGGACGACCCUGCAGCAAAGGAAUCUCUCCUGAGCAUGGUGGCGAGUGUGGAGAGCUUCAUCAACAGCGUGGACUCUCAGAUGCUGCAGAGGCAGGAGCGGCAGAAGCUGGCGGCCAUUUCAGCUCGGGUAGAGAGCUAUGAGCCGGUGGAGGGAGGCAGUGAGGAGGUGGAGAGGAUCCUGAAAGAGUUUAACCACAUCGACCUGACGGCACCUAUGAUUGAUGUCUCUCCGGAGGAGACCAGACAGCUCCACCUAGAGGGAGCACUACGUAUGAAAGAAGGCAAAGACAGCAGGAUGGAAGUCUAUUGCUUCUUAUUCUCCGACCUCCUGCUCAUCUCGAAGCCUGUGAAGCGUUUAGAGAAGGUGAAAGUCAUCCGACAACCACUCCUUCUUCAUAACGUUGUGUGCAAGGAGCUCAAAGAUCCAGGUUCUUUUGUUCUCAUCUACCUCAAUGAGUUCAAAAGUGCUGUGGCUGCCUACUCAUUCCAGGCCAACAGCGCCUCCCAGGGGCGAAGCUGGAUUGACACAAUCAGCACUGUGAAGACCCAGCUGCAGCGGCUGCGUAGUGAGGAGGCUCGACGGCACCAAUCUGGACAAAAAACAAUGCUAGAGAAAGAAGAAGAGGAGGAUGGAGGCGAUCAGAGCAGUAACUCCACUGCCAGCUCUCCAAGACUUGGAAAUAAAGGAGAGCUUAACACAGGGAACUCGGACGGCUCCACGGAAACACUGUCCGUGAUGGAAACGGAGGAUUCAGGAGCAUGCUCAGAUCUGCAAACCGAUUCUGACACAGUACCAUCUUCCCUCCCCAGCAGCGUCGAGCUCCAGCCUUCCCAGCAUGCACCAGAGGGCACAGAACUUGACCCAGAGCAUCGUAGUCUGUCUAUGGACAGUGCCUAUGGCACACUUUCCCCCGAGUUGCUGAUGGAUCUGCAGACUCGGACACCCAGCAGCGAGCAGGAGAGCACAGAGGAGGAGGAGACCGAGGGAGACAGUGGAGAGAUAGCAGUGGAGGACGAGGAGAAAGAGGAAGAAGAAGAAGAAGAGGAAGAGUCUGAUGACAGGAGUUCAUCAGGCUCUCGAGUAUCCGUGGCGUCCCAUCUGAAACCCAGGCGGCGUCCACCGGUGCAGUUUCGCAUGCAGUGUCUCCAGAAGCUGGUAAAUAAGUGUCAUUCAGAGGACAAUCUGUUGCAGCGGGUCAAUGGGGAGGACACACAAGGCACAGGAAAAGAUGUUGCGCAGGGCCCGGAUGCCCCUUACCAGCUGGGUCUGGAGUGGGCAGAAGGGCUGGGACACAGCAAGAGCCUAACUGAACUGAGCCAAUCUAACACAGAAACGUCUCACCCGAGGGAAAAAGAGAGACCGCAGAGCGAGCGACUGGCACACAGCUUACCGUCUUAUGUGUUCAGGAACACACUGAGGCGGCGUAACUACAAAAAGGACAAAAAGAAAGAUGUAAUGGACCGCAACGGCUCAGACGGAGAAAUCACACCCCCCGCAUCUCACGAGGGGAGCUGUGGUGCUUCAGAGGAUGACAUGGGCAGUGGGAAGAAAUCACAGCAGCACAAGAAGCUCACAGUGGCACAGCUGUAUAAAAUACGCACCACACUGGUGCUGAACUCCACACUUACAGCCUCGGAAGUGUAGAAGCAGCCAGUUCGUCACUCCGCGAGCAGCACCACUUUCAGCCUGAUAGGACUGACUGACUCGCUUGCCACAUGAAUCCAAUGCACUCUAACCAAUGAGCUUUUUUUGCACUUUUGUAAUAAUACAAGUAGCUUUAAUAAGGAGGGAGCUAACCUUUAGGAGAAAAAAAAAAAAAAGAGCUUGUGUAAGAUGCAGAAACAUGGGAAAAGUUCCGCCUUCGGUCUGGUCCAUUUGUGCACUUGGACUCGGUCAGAAGGGGAGAAAAGGACACACGAAGCUCUCCAUCACAGUGUUUAUUUUGUUGUUGUUGUUUUUGUUGUUGUACAAUCUUUACUCUUUAUUCUACAAUGGGGAAAUACCUCUGAUUUGGCUUGGAGGGGAGUUUCAUUUCAGGUUUGUGCCUUCACCCUCGAGUUCAGACCGUCCACAUGACUUUCUUUACAUGGUUCUGUCGAGGCCAUGAGCGUUCCUCCAACUGCCAUAUACGUGUUGGGAAAAGAGAAAGCCAUACGGAGGAUGUCUACACGAGGAGAAAAGCAAAACCAAAAAUUAGGCUGUAAUUGCACAAUAUGAGUAAUCUCUUAACAGUUCACACUUUCACUGUACUUCUUUUUGUGUGUGUUUGUGAAUGUUAAUGCGAGUGUGUGAUGACUGUGAACAUGUAAUGCCAUCAAGGUUGUGUGUGUGUGUGUGUGUGUGUGUGUAUGUAAGUUAUGACCUAAACGACACGCUGAAACCAAAAAUAACUAUUUAAAAGAUGGCAUGAUAAAUGACUUGAGUAGCCAUUGAAAAGGCUAAAUGAAACACGAGGACCAGUAUUAACAAUAAAGCAGCAGUGAUUGCUUAUAUAGCGUGUUCUUGUGUGUGUCUGCGCUUGUCGUAACCAAACGAUCUCAUUAUCUCUUCAAAGUUAAUACUCGAGAGUAGCGUCUUACUCUGCAGUAUUAGCCAGGUGAGGUGAACUGACGUUAGGGUUAGUUACAUGAGUUUUGCUUUAAGACUGAAAAACAUGGUCUGGUUUUACAUUUUGGGAAAUAAUUGUGAGAAAGUCCUUAUCAAGGCUUCACUCUUUAACACUUCAGAGAUGUCUAGAUUUUGAUUUUUUUUUUUUUUUUUUUUUUAAUAUAUUUCCCAUUAAAUUUGGGUCAGACAUAUCAUACAGUUUACUUUAAUGAUUGAUGGAUAAUCACCUGAUCACAGAUCAGCACUUAUUAGGAACCACUUUUGGAACUAAUUCAAGACACUGAAUAUGGAACAGGAUUUGGGUUUAGACUGAAUUUACUUGGUUUCUGCAAACCUCACAUUAACAGUAGGGUUAUUUAUAAAAAAAAAAAAACAAGAAUAAACAAAUGGCCUACGUUUCUUCUUAAUGUUUAAAGGUGUUAAAAUUGCAUUCUGCCUAAUUUACUAAACCAAAUCCUUAUAAAUGUACUAUUUGUAAAUUUGCCCAAAAAUUAAUAUUGUAUUAAUUGUCUUUUGUUCAUAAUAUUUAUUAAGCUUGCUUUGUUUUUAUAUCUGAAACAUGGUUUGUAAAUGUAUUGUUUAUUUCAUGACUUUUUUUUUUUUUUGGAAGUUGUUGUUUUUCAGGUUUAAUUUUUUUCCAUUGUUAUUUGUUUAAUUAAGAGGUUAAUCUGCUGAGAACCAAAAUAACCUUGUUCCCAGUGAUGGGGAAAUGGUCCUGUGUGUAAUAAAAA